UCCGGAAAUACGUCAUCACGUCGUUGGAACCUCAGCUGUCAGACUUUGGCCGCCCUGAAAAGUGCAGGUUUUUGUUAGCAAACUUGUUCGAAGUGUGCCGACCGCGCUGUCGUCGAUCCGAACCGUGCAUUUUGUCGCCGAUCGCCCCGCGAAGCCGUCAGAAGCGUCCAGAGCGCACGAAGACGAGCCGUCGGUGCGGUAAUCGUUGCUGGGGUUUUUGCACGGCCAGCCUGCGAUCCUGAGCGGGUGUUCGGCUUCGAUGCAGGGAGGGAGGGAGUAGAAAAAGGCAGAAAGUCUUUGUGCUUCCCUUCCCCCUCAUCAAAGCAAAGGGGAAAUGUCUCUAUCCAAAGGAGGGAAGAAGAAGAGCGCAGGGCUGAGGCUGGCCAAAGAAGUGUUUGCACAGCCCGCACCCGCCGUAGCAGCGCCCCCCCGGGAUCUGGACUCUAAAGCGUGCGUCACAAUCGGAGACAAGAACUUUGUGGUGAAGGCGGAUGACUUGGAGGAGAUUUCCGAACUGGGGAGGGGAGCGUACGGCGUGGUGCACCAGAUGAGACACAUGCCCAGCGGCGUCAUCAUGGCCGUCAAGAGGAUCCGAGCCACGGUAAACACGCUGGAGCAGAAGAGGCUCCUGAUGGACCUGGACAUCUCCAUGAGGACGGUGGACUGCUUCUUCACCGUCACUUUCUACGGCGCCCUCUUCAGAGAGGGGGAUGUUUGGAUCUGCAUGGAGUUGAUGGACACCUCGUUGGAUAAGUUCUACAAGAAGGUGAUCGAGAAAGGAAAAACCAUCCCUGAGGACAUCCUGGGCAAGAUCACAGUAGCUAUCGUAAAGGCAUUAGAGCACCUGCACAGGAACCUGUCGGUCAUACACAGAGAUGUGAAGCCCUCCAACGUUCUGAUCAACACCGAGGGCCAAGUGAAAAUGUGCGACUUCGGCAUCAGCGGCCACCUGGUGGACUCUGUAGCCAAGACCAUGGAUGCCGGCUGCAAACCCUACAUGGCGCCUGAGCGCAUCAACCCUGACCUAAACCAGAAGGGCUACAGUGUCAAGUCAGACAUAUGGAGUCUGGGUAUCACAAUGAUCGAGUUGGCCAUUCUGAAGUUCCCCUACGACUCGUGGGGUACGCCCUUCCAGCAGCUCAAGCAGGUGGUGGACGAGCCCUCCCCGCAGCUGCCCGCGGACCGCUUCUCUCCAGACUUUGUAGACUUCAUCUCCCAGUGUUUAAGAAAGAAGCCGAAUGAGAGACCGGCUUAUACAGAAUUAAUGAAACAUCCCUUUUUCACCUUGCAUGACUCCAAAGAGACAGACGUGGCCAGCUUCGUCAAGGUCGUCCUGGACGACUGAUCCCGUGUCGGCGCCGCUUCUCACUCAAUCAACGCACCGACGAUGGCCUACUGUUUUUUUUUUUGUUUUGUUUUGUUUUGGUUUGUUUAGAGAGAAGAGAAAGAAAUGAAAUGACGGACUCUCGUGCAGCCGCGCUCAGCAGGAAGAGAGAAGAUUGAUGCAAACAUUAACUGGAGAGGUUUGACCCCGAAAACUCGCUCAAUGAACUUUGUGGCUUUUAUUUCCCCGAUUCUUUUAACAGAGACGGACAUUUUUUCUUUUUUUUCUUUUGACACGUUUAUUACAAUUUUAGUGUCGUCGCGGCGUUUUGAUACUGUAUAUUGUCCGCGUGUGUGUGCGUGUGAGAAUCCUGCCCGUAUUGCAUCAUCACGACGCCAGUUUUAACCCUCUCCUCGGGUCACCCGAUAUUGUCAAGAGGUCACGCUGGGAAAGGGGAGGAGCUACAAAUCGUCAAAUCAAUCAAAAAACACUAAUAUGAUAUAAAAAGAAAAAACAUGUCUGGAAAUAAAAAUCUAAACAUAUAGCAACACAUAAUUACCCAGGGAAGGGGUGUCCAAACCUUUUAAAGAUUAAUCGAUACCUUUUACGCGUUCGAUAAAAAGCUAUCUGAACAAAACAUCCACAUCUAUAUAAACAGCAUAUUAAUGCUCCUAAUACAGUGGGGCAAAAAAGUAUUUAGUCAGCCAUCAAUUGUGCAAGUUCUCCCACUUAAAAUGAUGACAGAGGUCUGUAAUUUUCAUCACUGUGAGAGACAGAAUGUGACAAAAAAAAUCCUAGGAUUCACAUUGUAGGAAUUUUAAAGAAUUUAUUUGUAACUUAUGGUGGAAAAUAAGUAUUUGGUCAACCAUUCAAAGCUCUCACUGAUGGAAGGAGGUUUUGGCUCAAAAUCUCACGAUACAUGGCCCCAUUCAUUCCUUCCUUAACACGGAUCAAUCGUCCUGUCCCCUUAGCAGAAAAAACAGCCCCAAAGCAUGAUGUUUCCACCCCCAUGCUUCACAGUAGGUGUGGUGUUCUUGGGAUGCAACUCAGUAUUCUUCUUCCUCCAAACACGACGAGUUGAGUUUAUACCAAAAAUGGAUACAUGGAUGAUACAGCAGAGGAUUGGGAGAAUGUCAUGUGGUCAGAUGAAAUCAAAAUAGAACUUUUUGGUAUAAACUUAACUCGCGGUGUUUGGAGGAAGAAGAAUACUGAGUUGCAUCCCAAGAACACCAUACCUACUGUGAAGCAUGGGGCUGUUUUUCUGCUAAAGGGGACAGGACGAUUGAUCCGUGUUAAGGAAAGAAUGAAUGGGGCCAUGUAUCAUGAGAUUUUGAGCCAAAACCUCCUUCCGUCAGUGGGAGCUUUGAAUGGUUGACCAAAUACUUAUUUUCCACCAUAAUUUACAAAUAAAUUCUCUAAAAUUCGUACAAUGUCAAUUCCUGGAUUUUUUUUUCACAUUCUGUCUCUCACAGUUGAAGUGUACCUAUGAUGAAAAUGACAGACCUCUGUCAUCAUUUUAAGUGGGAGAACUUGCACAAUCGGUGGCUGACUAAAUACUUUUUUUGCUUCACUGUAUAUCUUAACAAUAAUGAAUUCAUUGUAUUUUUUUACUUCCUAAAAAAAAAAAAAAAAGUCUUUGGACACCCCUGGUCCAAGCCAACCUUUAACUGACUCCACUGUUGCCAUGGAUACCAACCUGGAAAUGCCAUCAAAUUAUUUUACAUUUUUAGCCGGAUUUAAAAUUAGUUUUUCUUGUUUUUUCACCUAAGGCGCUUGUUUGUGUCUUUUCUUUUUAUGCCUCACACACACACACACACACACACACAUGCAUUGUUAGGGGGAAUAAUUUAUAUGUUGAAGAUGUAAAUACUAUCUCCUUGUUGUUUUUUUUUUUUUUAAUGUAACACUGUCUGACUCCGACAGUGCAGCUGAGUGUCUGGUAGUAGUUUUAUUUUAUUGCAGUGUGACAUACAUACAUACAUACAUACAUAAAGAUCUUUUUAGCAGGGCCUAUUUCGGAUGUGCCGCUCAGGUUCCCGCGGCCCACUCCCGCCCGAGCCCCUCUAUGCAGCAUCAGGACCGACUCCCCCAAGUGUUCCCAGACUGUGAUGUCAGUAGUGUUGCUCCGCUUUACACUGUAGUGCCGCCUCCUUCCACCUCCUUUGUGAUUUGGGACUUAUAAGGGAAUGUGAGCAACACCGUAAACAAGCUGCUGUUAUUGCCCCCCCCCCCCCCCCCCCCACCCCAUCCUCCUUUUUAAGAAGAAAAAAAAAAAAAGCCCCCCUCCGGCCUCUCUUUUUAGGAGUGUAAAAGUGGACUUUUUACACCGGCUCACAAUGAGAACGGAACACUUGCUCUACCUCUUAAUCCUUCACUCUAUUUGCCACCUGCUCAUUUUGGUGGGACUGACAAACUUGAACUUUGGAAAGACAAAAAAAAAAGAAAAGAAAAAAAAAGAAAAUAAUAAAUAAAGGCUUUAUUGUUCCGUA